GGAGCCCGAGGUAGGAAGAGCCAAUAUUCAAAAAUAGCUUGCAUUCCUUCUUUGACAGAAGAACUCGGGGGUCAUUUCAUGCUCAUUAUGAUAUCGGUGGCUGAAGAUACCCUUAGGCAUACGCAAUCCGCAGUGGUACCAGCUUUAGGGCUGGUUGUGCUUUAUGUCUUCCUCACUCUAUGGAACAGUAAGCCGCGAGUGCCUCCCAAUAUUCCGAUCCUGCGAGUCAGUUCUCUUCCUGGAAAACGUGGGGAACAGGAGGAUCUUGAGGCUUUCCAAAGAAAUGCAUCCGAAGUUAUCCAGCAUGGGUACGAGCUGUAUUCUAAGAAAGGGAAGCACUUCCUUCUUCGUACUCCAAAGGGCUUUUAUUUCAUAGUCGCUCCCCAGUUUAUCGAAGAGAUUCGCAAGGCCCCCGAAACACUAUUGUCGGCUAUGGACUCGAACAAUCAAAUCUUACAAGUCAAGUACACACUGCAUCCUACCCUCGAUCAUGACUGGUAUGAAUUUCGCGUGAUACACACAGAUAUAACUCGCAAUCUCGGCCCGGCGUUGCCGGAUCUGGCGGAUCAGAUCCAAAUUUCCACAGCCCGGGAGAUUGGCUCGCCGCAGGAGUGGGCGGCAGUUCAUAUGUGGCCAGCUUGUUUACAAAUCGUCACUCAGACGACCAACCGAAGCUUCUUCGGCAAGGAGAUAGCAAACAAUGACGAGUUCACCCGGCUAGCAUCUAAUUUCGCCUACGUAGUGUUUGGUGGAGCCCGCAUUAUUGACCAGUAUCCCCACUGUCUUCGUCCUUUCAUUCUCCGCCGGCAAACCAAUGUCGUCCAAAACAGAGCGCUAGCGAAGCGACUGCUGGGGCCAAUGCUGAAGGACAGGAUCCUUCGGAUGCAGGACGCUCGUCGGACGGGUUGCGAAGAGCAGUUCAAACAUGAAAAGCCCUUUGAUGUUGUGCAAUGGGUUCUUGAUAUUGCCCCCCCAAAAGAGUACAACGAUAUCGACCUUCUCAUUGCCCGCAUGUUACACGUUGUAGUCUCAGCCGUGCAUACCAGCAGCCAGACCUUCCUUGACCUCCUAUAUGAUCUCACGCUCCACCCAGAAGUAAUAGAAGAGUUGCGGGAGGAAAUCCAAACGGUAUUGGCCCAGGAAGGAGGAUGGUCCUUGAAUACGCUCAGCCGGAUGAUCAAGCUAGACAGUUUUAUCAAGGAAAGCAGUCGCCACCGGCCAUUCUCAAGUGGUUCACUCGAACGAAAUGCCAUGGUAGACUUUACCUUAAGCGAUGGUAGUGUGAUCACAAAGGGCACGCAUCUGAGCUUACCUCAUCUGUCUAUGAUGUUUGAUAAGGACAUAUACGGACCAGAUGCCGAUCAAUUCAAUGCCUUUCGCUUUUCCGACAUGCGCACAGAUCUCACCCCUAAGCAUACAUUUGUGCAUUGCACUCCAGCCUAUCUGCAUUUCGGGUAA